CAAACUUUCGGCCAAACAAUUGAUGCCUUUAUUAAUAUAUCAAUCAUUAUAUACAUUGAAUAACAGUUUGUUUAUCGAGAUAUAACUUGUGGUCAAUGGAGACGUCGUCACAAUCUUCAGCAGCUCUUGAAUCGGUUCAACUGGAAGUGUGUGGACCGAGUGGACAUUCAGUGACAAUGCAUCGACCAUUUGAUCCAAUAGAACAUGACUUGGAUGCCGGGUUCCGAUUGACCACAUUUGCCGAACUUAGAGGAUGAGGGUGUAAAGUCCCUCAAGACCUGCUCAGUCGGCUCUUAGAGGGACUUAAAGCGGCCAAUAGUGGUCAUGACGGACACCAGCACUUACAACAACAUCAUAAUAAUAUAAACCAUUCAUCUAAUGAUUCACAUAUUCCUUCAUACUUUCAUCAAGAGAUGGGACUUCCGAAGAUUGGCAUUGGUAUGGACUGUGCGGUAAUACCGAUACGACACGGAGGACUUGUACUCAUUCAAACUGUUGAUUACUUUUAUCCACUCGUCGAUGACCCAUAUCUUAUGGGUAAAAUAACGUGCGCUAAUGUAUUGAGUGAUUUGUAUGCAAUGGGAGUCACGGAUUGUGAUAAUAUGUUAAUGAUAUUAGCUGUGAGCCAGAAGAUGACUGACAAGGAAAGGGAUGUUGUCGUUCCCAUUAUCAUCAAAGGCUUUCGGGACUGUGCCUUUGAAGCCGGUACUCAAAUUACUGGCGGACAAACCAUUCAAAAUCCAUGGCUUACUAUAGGUGGUGUCGCCACCAGUAUUUGUCAGCCAACUGAAUACAUUAUUCCUGACAACGCAGUGGUUGGAGAUGUACUUGUAUUGACAAAACCAUUGGGAACACAAGUUUCGUGUAUUGCAUAUCAAUGGCUGGAACAGCCCGACAGAUGGGCUAGAGUUAAAUUAGUCGUUACCGAAGAUGAUGUCCGUAAAGCAUACCUACGAGGUAUGGAUAGUAUGAGUCGUUUAAAUCGUGUCGCAUCGCGUUUGAUGCAUAAGUACAACGCUCACGGAGCCACUGAUGUGACCGGAUUUGGCCUAUUAGGUCACGCACACAACUUAGCCACAGUUCAGAAAAAUGAAGUCUCUUUUGUUAUACACAAUCUUCCCGUCAUUUCCAAGAUGGCAGCCGUGGCUAAAGCUUGUGGUAAUAUGUUUCAACUACUUCAGGGACACUCUCCCGAAACUUCAGGUGGUUUACUGAUAUGUCUGCCUCGAGAACAAGCCGCUGCCUUUUGUAAAGAUAUUGAGAAACAAGAGGGAUAUCAGGCCUGGAUUAUUGGUAUUGUCGAGAAAGGCAACCGAACCGCAAGGAUUAUAGACAAACCACGAGUUAUAGAAGUGCCGGCAAAAGACAAAGAAGGCGACCUUUGGUAGCAUUUGUUUUAUUAUCACAUCAUUUCAUAAUUUCAUGAAAAUUGAUAUUAAAUAUCGUUUUAAAAUAUGAUUUUUAAGUGAUAGCCCUCUUUAGAGGUUCACUUAGAAUGAUGAAACAGU